AUGGAGGAGAGUCAGCUGUUGAUGACCGAACUACCAGCGUUAACAACAGGAGGAACGCGUGGUACUUUGCUCCACAGGUCUGGGCAAAUUUAUCACCUGUACCAGCCCCACCUGACACUGACGACACCCCAGCAUCAGUCACGGCAAAAUUCCGUGAGUAUACACAGCUACAUGAAUGGCGGGGGUGCUACCAAUUUGACCAAAUACAAGCACGGGAGUGUCGUGAGACGGAAAACUCUGGAGGAAAGGAGUGAAGACGCCGCGCCCACAAGCACUCACAUCUCCUGUCUUUACCCGGAAAUAUUGGCUCUGAUAUUCAGCUACUUGAAUGUCAGGGAUAAAGGCCGGUCGGCUCAGGUCUGUGUGGCUUGGAGAGAUGCUGCAUACCACCGCUCGGUCUGGAGAGGGGUUGAGGCUAGGUUGCACCUGAGGAAACCCUCCCCGGUGGUUUUUGCGAGCUUGGUCAGACGGGGAGUCAAGAAGGUCCAAAUAUUGUCGCUAAAAAGGGGCCUGGGAGAUGUUAUCAAGUGCAUACCCAAUCUGGAGUCGCUGAACCUCUCGGGCUGCUACAAUGUCACUGACCAGGGGUUGAACAAUGCCAUCUCGGACACCGUUACCUCGUUGACCAGGCUGGACUUGUCGCUGUGCAAGCAAGUGAGCGACCAGGCGCUCCAAAAGAUAUCUCAGAAAAUACCAAAUUUAGAAUGCCUGGAACUCGGCGGGUGCUGCAACAUCACCAACCACGGGCUGAUGCUCAUCGCCUGGGGACUUAAGAAACUCAAGUAUCUCGACCUGAGGAGCUGCUGGCAUGUCUCCGACCAGGGACUCUCCUACUUGGCGGGGUUCAACUCCAAUGAAGCUACUCUGGGUAGCAGUUUGAUGUUGGAGUACCUCGGGCUGCAGGACUGUCAGAGGCUGAGUGAUGAAGGACUCAGGCACUUGUCUACGGGAAUAGUCACCCUCAAGUCGAUAAACCUGUCGUUCUGCGUCUCGAUCACCGACUCGGGGCUCAAGCACCUCGCGAAGAUGACCAGUCUCAGGGAUCUUAAUCUUAGGUCCUGCGACAACAUCUCCGAUAUUGGUAUGGCGUAUUUAGCAGAAGGUGGCAGCAGGAUUUCCUCGCUGGACGUCUCCUUCUGCGACAAGAUCGGCGACCAAGCGCUGGUUUAUAUCUCACAGGGUCUGUUCAAUCUUAAGUUACUGUCCAUGUCCGCUUGUUCUGUGAGUGACGAGGGGAUUUGCAAAAUCGCGGAGACUCUUCUUGAGCUGGGCACUCUCAAUGUUGGUCAGUGCACCAGAAUUACCGACAAGGGAAUCUCUGCGGUGUCUAAAAAUAUGAAAAACCUAACGUGCAUUGAUUUGUAUGGGUGUACUGGUAUAUCAACAAGUGGAUUACAGAAGAUUAUGAAAUUACCACAGAUCACUACUAUUAAUCUGGGAUUAUGGCACGUAAGGUGA